CGCCCCCGGCCCCCCCUCCCGAACGUUGGAUCGCCUGCUGCCUGACGUCGGUGCCCCGCCGCCACCCACGCCCCCAUGACGACAUCACCUUCGGUGGGGGUGUAUUCCAAAUCACUGGUGGAGUCUGGGACGGAUUCCGUUAGGCAGGAGCCUGGGCCGUUUAUUGCGCCAUCGCUGGAGGAGCUGCUGCAGCAGCCAUCCCUUGAGGAGCGGGUACGAUUGCAGAGCCACCUACGCGAGCACGAGCGCAAAGUGAAGCGAUGGAGUAAGUGCCCUACAGUACCUUCGGGCCCCUCAGAAAGAAAGCACGACACCACCAUCAUGCCUCACGUCCGCCACGCUCUCCACUAUUACAAUGCCAGGCACCCGGGUGACGAGUUUGAUGCUGUGAAGCCUCUGAUGGAAUCCAGAACUAGUUUCAGGAAACAGCUGUGGGCUCACGUCAACUUCUGGGCUCGCAGCCGCAAAAGCAACAAAAUCAAGCGCUUCUUCGCUGAGGUGCACUACAACCCAGAACCUAUCGUUGAAGUGUGCACUACAACCCAAAACCUAUCGUUGAAGUGUGCACCAUCAUCGGUAUGUAUCUAUGUCUGUAACCUCCUUUCUUAACUGGUUUAUUAGUUUUGGGUAGUUAUAGACAUAUUUGUGUGACUUUGGUAUUAAAGUUUUGGGGAGUUGUACUCAGGGAUGAGUUAGGUGGGAUUUUGUUCCCAAAGAAAAAAAUUAUUGGGGGAAAGAGAUUUACUGGGCUUCGACUAGAGAAUAUGAGUUAGGUGGUAUUUCUAAUCGGAAAAAAAUAGCACCAACCUGAAAAACAACAUUUUGUCGUUUUAACCCGCUCUAAUCGGAGCCCAAAGGGCAACUCAA